AUCUUUAUUGGGCUCAUUUACCAGAAUAAAUCCGCAAUGAAAGAAAUAGUUCCAAAUAGAAUCUUGGUUGUUUACCUUUGUUGUUAUUUUUUUGACCUUAGGGUUUCUGGAAGAGGUAACGACAUUGGUAAUAAACACUGAGUAACUUCUAUAAUCAGAAUCUCAUUAGUGAUGUUCUCUGAGCUUAUUUUAAUGAAAUUGUAUCUCGAGAAGCAUAGAUCGUGGAAUACUUGGAACUGAAAAACUGGAAAAGAAAGCAAACAAUCAGCCAGCAAAAAAGAAAAAAAAAGAAAAGAUACCAUUAGUUUAAGAGUUGAUGUGGAAGAACAGGGAACUGUAACAGAAAAAGGGAUGAGUUUGUUACUGAGAAAGUAUAAAUGUGGAGUAGCAGUAAGAGGGUCAAAUCUUGGACCAACAGAGACUAAAAUUUAGAGAAUCUGCUCUUCUCUUGUUUUGCAAAACACUGAUCACUGAUUAUGGAUAUAUUCUACUUUUUUCUCCCUCUUUCAAUAUUGCACUAUGGAUUUCCUAUCAUUCUGCAAGCCGGCUUAUUAAUUGCCGACUUCCAUUGGUUUCAUCUCCUCUUAAGCCUCCAAAACUCUUAGCAGGUAUCUUGGUCUCCCCCCCCCCCUCUGCCCCGAGCUCCUUGAUCUGCCUGCCUGCCCGAGUUUGUCCUAUGAUCUGACCCACGAUGAAAUAAUUUUCUUGCUCUAUGUGUUUGCUGAAAGACUUUCUCCCACGUUCUGCCUUAAUAUCUCUUUUAGGUGAAUCCUUUAGCAGUCGGUUUCAGAUUGUCUUGUGUUAAUUUUGAUAUAAAGAGUUUCAAUAAAGAUCGUGUAGCUUAUAUUACAAGAUCCUCAUGAGUAUUACUCUCUGAGGCCCCUUAAUGCAAUCUUUCUAUUUCAGGAAACAGAUAUUGAUUCAGAGCCCAGCAAUAGUAUUUUCAAUUAAUGUCUGGGCAAACGUUCUUAUUCUUUCCUUCCUUCUACUAUGAUUUUCUGCAGAUUCAGAUGCCUACAGAUAAACAAGCAUUUUGCCCCAAGGCCAUAACCGCAACCCACUUAAAUUCUAGACAACUAGAAGAAAGAAAUGUUUAUAUGGGAGCCCUGAGAGGAAGUAAUUGAAGCUGGAGUUUCCAAAACACGCAACUGGUUAUAAAUGAAAAGAGAGGGACAGAUCAACAGAUGACUGAACGUGUCUCCUAAACUAAUUUCACAAUACCGACCUGAAGCAUGGCGGAGCACACCGAUAAACUUAUCAGCAUAGAAGCAAAUAAACUCAAACAUUCACAGAGUUACCAGGAAACUACAUCAGUGGGGAUUAAAAGAAUGCAAAAGCGAUUCCUUCAGAAAGAUGGCAGUUGCAAUGUUUACUUCAAACAUAUCUUCGGGGAGUGGGAGAGCUAUGUGGCUGAUAUUUUCACCACACUGGUAGAUAUCAAGUGGCGCCAUAUGUUUGUGAUCUUUUCCUUAUCUUAUAUCCUAUCCUGGUUAUUGUUCGGCUUAGUGUUUUGGCUCAUUGCGCUCCAGCAUGGAGACUUAUUGCCUGAAGAAGAAGUCACUCCCUGUGUGGAUAAUGUCAAUAGUUUCACAGGGGCCUUCUUAUUUUCCCUGGAAACCCAAACCACCAUAGGCUAUGGAUCUCGCUGUAUAACUGAUGAGUGUUCUGUAGCAAUCCUGACAGUUGUCCUACAAUCUGUGUUAGGCUGCAUCAUUGACACGUUCAUUAUUGGAGCUGCCUUAGCAAAAAUGGCCACUGCCCGAAAGCGAGCUCAGACCAUUCGCUUUAGCUACUAUGCAACAGUAGGCUUACGGGAUGGUAAACUUUGUCUGAUGUGGCGGAUAGGUGAUUUCCGACCUAAUCAUAUGAUAGAAGGAACCGUAAGAGCUCAGCUCUUGAGGUAUGUGGAAGACAAGGUGGGCAGGAUGAUAUUGGAGUACAAAGACUUAAAACUGCUAAAUGAUCAGAUCAUUCUUGCCACUCCAGUGACCAUUGUCCAUGAAAUUAACCAGGAUAGUCCACUGUACGAUUUUGACAGGAAAACUCUGGCUAAGGACAAUUUUGAGAUCCUGGUUACAUUUGUUUACACUGGAGAUUCAACAGGAACAUCACAUCAGUCAAGAAGUUCCUAUGUGCCAAGAGAAAUCCUCUGGGGACACAGAUUCAAUGAUGUUCUGCAACUGAAGAAAAAAUACUACAAAGUCAACUGCCUGCAAUUUGAAGAAACCACUGAGGUUUACGCUCCCUAUUGUAGUGCCAAGUAUUUGGAUAAAAAGGAACUAGAAUACACAAGUUGUGAUAAGACAACAAAUGGAGAACCAGAAAUCUCCUCCUCUUCCUCUUCCUCCUCCUCUUCUUCCUGCUCCUCAGGAAUCAGAAUCAGAUCAUUUAGUGCUGACGCUUUAAUUAUUCAUUCUGAGGUUUCUGGAGAAUCAGUCAAAAUUUCCAGUCCAAUGGAGCUGCCAUACGACAGAGCUCUGGUGACAUUAAACAGAAUGUCAAUGGAAUCCCAGAUUUAGCAAUCAAUGACUUUUGCAGAACUGUACAACUAACUAUAGCAGCUAUUAAGCGCACAAAGUUCAUUUAAAUUCUAGUGGUCAGAUCCUUGAAAGAAAGAAGAGAUUUACUGACAAAAUGUUAAGAUUGCACUCUGCCAUUAAUAUAUAACUAGCUGUUAACAAUUAUCUUUUUUACAAAUUAUGAAAUUCUGCAUAGUGGCACUGAAAGUUAUUUAUUGAAAAUUCAAACUUCUUAUCCCUGAAUUUGCAGAGGUAAUUAUUUGAAAUAUUAAUCACAUUAGUCUACAAUUUAGACAUAUUUUGGAAUUGAUCCAGGUUUAUAUAAUUUUUGGAGAUAGACCAGAUAGUUUUGAAACAACUAAUCUUUGUUUCUAUGUAAAUUUGUAGACUUUUCUUCAAUGUAUGCAUUUUUUUCUUCUUUAAAAUUACAAAUAAAAAAAUAACUUUUUGGGAAAUGAAAAUACUAAGAUCACAUAUAAACUAUGAGGAGAAAACACUGAUUUCACAGAAAAAUGAAAACAAGUAACUAAUUUUGCCAAAAGCACCUUAUUUAUUGCACUUUACAUUAAUAACUGUUACUGAUCUGAUGUGGUGAUAUAAGGUCAAAUAUAUUCAAGUCUAUAUUUGUAGUAUUUUCAAACAGCAGCUUUUAAAUCAUUUAAUAUUUAUGUGCAGAAAAUGUUAAAACUUAUUUUGGCCUAUUUGAAGAAAACAGAAGUUUAUAAUGUACAGUAAUGCUAGGCCUGGUUUUUACAAUUAAUAUAUAAACAUUUUCUCCUCAAUAGUUGAGACCAUCUAUUAUUUUAUUUUUAAUUUUUAAGUACUUAACUAGAUCAGGGCAUUUUGUUUUCUUUUUCUAUUUUGCAACCUCAACAAGUGAUCUGUAAACCAGACAAACCGGUUCUUUUAAGUGUAGGUUGAUGGCUCUUAAUUCCCAUUACAAGCAUCCUUAAACUUGCUCUUGAAAACCUGGCUUCUGACAAGCCUUCAUUGGUUAACUACUCUGCUGGAGAACUAAAACAUACUUACUUAACUAUA